CUUAUACCCAAAUCCUUGCUCGAAUCUGUAGCAAACACUGAAUUUUGAAACCUGCUGUCAAGCCACAAAAGAUCUCCCGUGAUGCACAUUGAUGAAGACUCUGCUGCAUUGACCGAGUCUAUGCGCGUCCUUCGCUCUCGCAGCAAUGCUCGAGUCCCCAUAUCACGCCUUCCAGACGAUAUUCUCUUAAUGAUCUUCGAACUCUUCGAAGAAGAGAAGCGCCUCACUGGACACGAUCGUGGUCACUAUGCGAGUGUCAUCGAUAAUGCCCCUGCUUGUCUGGAGGUCACACACGUCUGCAGACGUUGGCGCAAUGUCGCUCUCGGGUGCCCGACUCUGUGGAGAUUCAUCAGUUCCAUCUCUCCUCUAUGGUUAGAUGUCAUGCUUCAGAGGUCGCAGAAGGCUCCUUUGGUCGUCACCUGCAAGCAAUCACUAAUUUCCAUCUCACGAGAGGAUUACUUUGAGACACUCCUUUCACACCUUCCUCGGAUCAAACACCUCAAAUUAUACCAAACUUCCGAUCGCAUUAUAGAUCUGUUAUCAUCUAUGCCUGCAUCGAUGCUUGAAACAUGCAUACUCGAAGACCGUGGUGGCCUUCAUCCAACGGCGUCCAUGUCAAACACCAUCUUCCAAGCACAAGCACCCUUACUUCGGUGCCUCGAGGUCGAUUCUUUUGACCGCAGAUGGUCGUCGUGCAUUUUCGGAGGACUUCGAACUCUUCGUGUGGGAGGAACCUCCUUGCCGAACCUCCUUUCAGCUCUGCGAUGUAUGCCUGUCUUGGAACACCUUAUGUUCCAGCAUCAGUUUCUCAGUUCCGACGAACCAAUACUCCUUGAUAAAGUGCCACUCGCUCGGUUGAAAAGUAUAGCGAUAGAGGCCAUGCUCGAAACUGCUGUGAUUCUCUUCACACAUCUAGCCCUUCCCGUUGACGUUAAGAUUGCUCUACAUAUCCCAACAAUUGAAGGGACUCCAACAUUUGCUGAUUUGUUUUCGGUCAUGCCUGAUGGACCCGGUCCCGUCUUGCGGUCGAUGCGUGCCAUCAAAUUCAGGCCAGGUCCAUGUUCUAUGGCUGUCCAAUUUAGCACGUCGACGGCGAUCAAUUCCAAAUAUUCCUGGAAUCCACAAGAUGAUAACAUACCACUCUCGAUCGAAUUCGUCUACCGAGACUUCUUUUAUCCUCCGCCAAACUCCGUUGAAAUUUCGCGAAACAUUGUAUUCGAUAUAUGUCAGAUCAUCGCUCAACGCAGACAUAGAGCCUUCUUUUCUGAGGAGCUCGAAUCCAUCCACCUGAAGGGGUGCGAAGACUCGGACUUCGUUACAGGCUUAACCACUGCGCUCCGGACCGAAGGGUCGUCAAAUGUAAGGUAUCCCUCGCUCCGUGUUCUGGAACUCCAACGUAUGCGGUUCGACGGCAAUGAACUUGAAGAUCUCCGGGAUGUCUUGAAAAUGCGAGCCCAGCAUAAUGUUCACAUCCACAACCUCCGCCUCACGCGAUGCAAUAGUUUCACGGCUGAUCAGGUGCAGCUUUUUCGGGAAGUGGUUGUGAACGACAUUGAUUGCGACCAAUAUACUCUUGAACACUCUUGAGUGUGGUUCCAGUCUUCCAGAACGACUGCGGCUAUCCUGUUUCCUUCCUAGACUGCGUUUUGAUGUGUUUUAGUUCUUAUCGUCGACUGAUGUAUCUAAUGGUCUCCCCUAGACAGA